CAUUUUUGCAUUAAAACUCAACUUCGAUAUGCGUUUAUGUAUUUAUUUAAUAAUAAAAUUGCAAUAAAAGGUUUACAAUACUUUGAGAUGCGCGUGUUGUUAGAAUGCGCUACACACUUUUAAGAUUAGUACUGUUUGGAUUGUACAUCGGAUUUUUAAAGGAAACGUCAGUAAAUGGAGCUAUAAAAUUCCUAAGUAAUUUAAGAAGAGAAAACGCUGUUACUGAUCAUAAACAAAGUGUAGAAGAAACUCCUCUUGAUGACAAAGAGGAACCAGGCUUCAAUUUGGACGAGCGGGAAAUCAAAAAGUUUCAUAUUUGGCCGAAAGGGAUAAUACCAUAUUACAUAGACGAUUUUUCAUUCGAUACCUUCUCACAGAUAAAGUUUUAAGAGAUACAAUUCGGGCUUUCCUUGAGCAUACCAGUCGUAUGACUGGCCUUCAGUUCCUGGAGCUGCCAAGUCCACCUAAAGAUGACAGCAGAUGGGUCUUCUUCAUAAACCGACAGGGCGUGCUUGAAUGUAUUAAUCAAUCUUUUCAUAGCUUUACCAAUGAUGGAGUUCAGAAAGUCCUUCUUGGUUACGACUGUAUAAUCAACUAUGGAAUGAUGGAGGUAUUAUUGAUGCUUGUUGGUGUUCCACCACAACACAAUUCCCCUGAUCGUGAUGAUUUUAUUGAGACUAAAAUGAAUAAUGUAAUCCCUAACAAGAAAUAUUUAUUUAAAAAAUUUAAAGAUGAUGAAUGGUUGUUUCAUGACCUGGAGUAUGACUUUAAAAGCGCUGGACAUUACGAUUCUCAUAAAUUCACUGUUAACGGUAGAGCAACUCUUAUACCAAAGGAUGACAGCAAAUCAAACUUAGAGAUUGGAUUUAAAAAAGAUUUUAGUUCUAUUGAUAUAAAAAAAAUUAAAAUGGUAUACAACUUUAUUUCUAAAAAGACAGCCAGAGCUCAUCUCCCUCAAUGUAGUAAAAUGUUUAAUCCGGGAUCUAACUUCAGUAAUUACCGCGAAAAUAGACUAACUGAAGGUAAACCAAGGAAUAAACCUAAUAAAUAUUUAGGACUACCAAAAGAAGCUCCCGAGGGCGACGAUGUUAAUAGCCACGUUGAUGAAGAUAAUAGUCAAACAAAUAAAAAUAUAACAACAUCAGAAACUGUUAUGGAUAAUAAUGACAAUGAUGAAGAAGAAGAAAUAGAAGAACCUGAAAAUAAAGAAACAGAAGAGGUUGGAAAGGAUGCAGAAGAGGAAAUAGAAGAACCUGAAAAUAAAGAAACAGAAGACUUUGGAAAGGAUGCAGAAGAGGAAAUAGAAGAAAGUGUUGACGACGUUUUAAAGGAAGACAGUCAAAAAACUGAAGAGCGAUUAGAAGCUAACGAAACUGUAGAUAACACAGCAUUAAAAGGAAAGAAAAAUGAAAAACGUCAAACCUUCUUGGACUUAUCCGAUUUUGGUACUGAAGAGAACACUUAAUGUCCCGAAAAUGUUUUAUUUGUAGAGAUUGAAAUAAAAUAAACUUCUACAAAUUAAAAUUAUUUAUUUAAUAC